AUGAACGGUGCGUUGGGAAAGGGCGUUGUAAGUAAAAGAACUGAUUAUUACGGCAUGAAACGUAAGAAGAUUAAAAAUAAACUGGCAGGUUGUUCAGCAAGACAACAAUUACAAAAACUAUCCAUUUUAUUUCAAAUUCACGGUAAAAUACGGUUGGAGGGUUGUUUCUCUCAAUAUAUUUUAUCAAAUCGCUAUGAAAACUUAAGUGUUUUUAAAUCUGGCAAUAUUAUAGUAGUACUAGAUACAUCAUCAAUAUAUCGUCCGUCAUCAAACCUUCAUUUAUCCUUACUGUUUUAGUACUAGAAUGGAUCUCAAAAUUUGAUAAAGAUUUCAAAAAAUUCGAAAAAACCCUCCCAAAACCGAUGUAUUGUGAUAAAAGGUAAUAUGAUGGUCGAGAAAGAGAGCGAAGCGUUUCUUACAAGAUGUACCUUCUUUUCUAUUUUUUACUUUACUCUUUAAACUAACGUAAAAAAGAAAAAACAGUUAAGACAAGAAGAUGACCUUGAUGUGAGGUUAUGAGUCAUUGACACUACUAUCAACUACUAUUUGGGUAAUGUAGUGUUAGGGAUUACUACCAACUACUUUAUAGAUAAUAUAGUGUUAAGGGUGGGAGGUAAAUGAAGUAGAUAAACUUAGCAAAAGCUUAGUUUUUUCAAAGUUUGUAGAAUAGGUUAAUAUUGAGCAAAAAAUGGGUAGAAAAGUUAAUUUUGGCAAAAAUUUUAAAUAUUUUUUGAAUUGAAAAUUGAAAUUAAGAGUAGUAGUUUUAAAAAUAAGCCUAAAAGACAAAGACACAAACAACACAAAACAAACAACUUUUAAAAAUCUUUUUAUACUGCCUAAAGUACGUCUGCAACAUUCAAAAGUACCUAAAUUUGGCAAAGUAACGUGGCAUUGUAAUUGUGGCAGCUCCCACCCACUUUAAACUACCCAAACCCACAGACUUGCAGUAUUUUUAAGGCUUCAGGUGCUGUUCGACGACUUCCGACUGCGACUUCUGACGUCAUCGUGACUCUUUUCUUUUGAUUCAGACGCAAGAGUAAUAAAGUCAAUCACUAAUUGAGCAGUUUAGUUCAUCAAUUAGCAAGUUUAGGCAACAAGUUGUUGAUUGUUGUAGGUUUUUGUAAAAGGGUCGGGUUGGGUAUGGCAGUAAUGAGUUGGUCCGGCUGGGUAUGGCAGUAAAGAGUUAGGUGAAGCUGUAAAGGGUUGAGUUGGGUAAAGCUAUUGGGUCAGCAAAAGAUAUUUACAGGUCAAUGGGUGCUUAGUGUAACAUGGUCGUAAGGAAUGGCAGUUCAGGCAACUUAUUGCUGAUUUAGGUAGCUAUGUUGACAAGUCAAAGCAGCUUUGUUCGGGUUAUUGUAAAAUUGGAUUAUAAGGAAUGUCAGGCAUGUGUUCAUCGAAUUGUAACCAAGGCUACUUACUGAACGACUGAUUUUUGUUGCUUUGAUUAAGAUUUACAAAAUGUAUUAGUUGUUGAUGUGCUUGUGAAGGUUUUUGAUGUUUGUUUUAGAGGUAUUGCUUAUAUGAUGGUAAGCACUGUCUUGUAAGGGAUACACCUAAUGUAGCUGGCAUAGAAGAGGCCUGUUUGGAAGUAAAACUCCUAGUAAAGAUUGAGUUAUUUUGACUAAAUUUUCAAUCAAAACCAACAUUUUUUUUGAAAUUUGAAGUUUUAAAAUAUUUUUUUCGAAAUUUUUUGAUUAUUUUUGUAUAUUUUUAUUUGACCGGUCGUGUUUUAGCGAUGAGAAAGACUUUAAUUGUAUGUUUUUGAAGCUUUUUGAGUUAGUUUUAAUUCAAAUUUAACCUUUACUGUGUUUAAUUACUGUCAGAUGUUAUUAAUUAUUGAAAUAGUAAAUUUAAUGAUAGAAUUACUACAAUAAUACUCACGAAAUUUCAGGUAGAACGAGUAAAUGGCAUCAAGCGACAGAAUGUGUCGGAUUCAGAAUCCUCGACCGAAGUUGAAGUUGUAAUUGGGAAAGAGCAUUUGCAUGCCAAUGGGGUCUUUAGUAAUGUGUACAGAGCCGUACUGUAUUCGCCGGUCAAACAGAACAUUGCUAUCAAGAAGGUUUGGUGAGUCGCGUAAACCAUAUUCCAUUAGAUAUUGAAGUCAAAAGAGGUUAAAAUGUUUUUUUGAUGAUUUUAAGCUCAAUGUUGUUGAAUUUUAUGCAUAUUAGCACAUUUAGGAACUUUUUCUAAAGUUUCAAAGAAUCAAAAAUAGUAUUUAUGUUAAUAUUGUCGUAUUUUAGGCCGAACAAAGCCGCUCCAGAUGCAGCACAACGAGAAAUCGAGUUGUUAUCCAAAAUGAAACAUGAAAAUGUCAUUAGUUUACUUUACAAAUUCAAAAUUGGCGGAGGAAAUGAUGUAAGUCAUUACUUUUAUAUUUAAUUUUUAGGUUGGUACUUAGACACAUCAAACAAAUCUAUAUGAAUAUUGGGCAAAAAGGUUAAGAACUACAUGGAUUUUGAUUAGAAUAAGGAACAAACUGGAUCUUAUAUUGCUGCCACUCAUUUCAAACAUUGUUUUCUUCUUUUUGAUGUUAAAGUAUCUGUUUGACGCUAAAACAAUCUGUAAAAGGCCCUAGAAAUAAACUAUUGUUUAAUUCAAGGUAUGCCAAUGUUUGGUCCUGGACUAUUUACCGGUCGAUUUGGCCAAACUUCGGCUUUCUUUACCUGGCCGCAAAUUCGACCGACUGGAUGCAAAGUUGUACUCUUUUCAAAUGUUCGCGGGGGUGGAUCAUAUCAACUCAAAAGGCGUCACUCAUUGUGAUCUGAAGCCGGCCAACCUGAUUGUGGAUCCGAAGUUAGGGAUUCUGAAGAUCGCAGACUUUGGGAGUGCCUUGAUAACACACAAAAACCAAAAGUUGGAGUCAUAUCAGGUGACAAGGUACUACAGGGCUCCGGAACUCGUGUUUGGUACUACUAACUUUGAUGUUUAUGUUGGUAGGUGUUGGAAAUGUUAUUCUGAAUUGAUGUUAUGAUUGCUGUUGGUCGAAGUACGGUAGUAAUAGGUCAAAAAAUAUGGAAAUCUUAGAAAAUUGACAAUUCUGUGAGGUUUUUUGACAAAAAUUGCUAAUUAUACGAACUUUUAGACCGUUAAAAUUUUUGUGGACUAGUGUAUAAAAAAUGAGAGUUACUGUAAUUUACUCUAUGUAUUACAGAUAGGUGGUCAUGCGGGUGUAUAUUAGCUGAACUGAUCAUGGGAAAACCUUUAUUAGCUGGAAAAGACCGUAUUGAUCAAGGACGAGUUAUCAUCGAACUGCUCGGAUAUCCAGACUCAGAAGCACUUAAAGCUAUGAAGGUCUCGAGGCCAAGACUUUCGAGGAAAAGUGCCCGAGGGGUCAAAAUGGUAGGAUAUAUUUAUUUUAUUUUAUGAUAAUUAUAUAACUAUAAACGUUGUUUUGUCGUCGAUACGAUGUACAAUAACUUUUUUACAAUGGUUGUUCUGUCAUAUAUAUGACAUAAAGUUGUGGGUAUGAAGAUACAUAAUGAUGUCAUACAAUAAUUAUUAUAUAGUUUAAACUUAGAACAAAUUGUAGAUGACCGCUGGAUACGAUAUGCCACCAGAAGUUGAAGAUAUACUCCAGAAAAUAUUAGUGUACAGUCCGAAUCGUCGUAUGCUGCCCAGUCAAGUAAUAUCACACUCGUACUACAACGAACUCCGCACCAUACCACCGCCUAUUCGAGAGAACGGUCGAGAGAUACCACCAUUAAACUAUUGGAUCAUUGAAGAUGUAAGUAACUACUACAAUAUAAAAUACCUUUUAAGCACAGUAUUCUGUACCUAGAUUUACUGGAUCAAAAAAUGUUUUGAUACGAGGUACUAAGCCUUUACUUACAGUCAAAUUAAGUUUUGGCAAUGUUUUUAUUCAAAUUUUAAGUUUCUAAACCAAAAAUUGAAGGCUUUAUGGGUUUUUUGGCUAAUUUUUAGUAGUAUUGUAACCUAAAUUUAUUUUGUUUGAACUUUGAAAAAUUUUUGAUUUUUAUAAAAUAUUUUUUUUUCAGAAAACCCAAUCUGACCGAGCAUGA